UUCAACCAUUCAACUGUUGUGAUCCUCUGCAGCUAGAUUAUCAAAGCUGAAGUAUUAGGUUUGCGUUGCAAAUGUAAUGUUUCAGCAAACUUUGCAAUAAUACGCAGACAUUUGUAUUUAUUUCCUCUUUUUAUUUAAACUGUAGAUAUUGUAGACUGUACACAUUUAUCUCUCCGCCAAAAUGGAUUGUGUGGAUUUUCCAAGAGUUCUUCCUAAUUCACCGAUGAAAGGCCGGGGACAAAUCCAGGUCAUUUUUGGACCGAUGUUUUCAGGCAAAAGUACUGAGCUGAUGAGACGAGUGCGCCGUUUCCAGAUAGCCCAGUACAAAUGCCUGGUGAUCAAAUACGCCAAAGACACUCGUUACUCCGAGAAAGGCAUGGCCACGCACGACAAAAACACCAUGGAAGCUGUACCAGCUAACAACCUGCAGGAUGUCCGGCCCCUGGCUCUGCAGGCCUGCGUCAUUGGGAUUGACGAAGGACAGUUUUUCUCAGACACAGUGGACUUCUGUGAGGAAAUGGCCAAUCUAGGGAAGACGGUCAUCGUAGCAGCCUUGGAUGCAACCUUCCAGAGGAAGGCAUUUGGAAACAUCCUGAGCCUCGUCCCCCUGGCAGAAAGCGUCGUGAAGCUUCAUGCCGUCUGCAUGCAAUGUUACAAAGAAGCUGCCUACACCAAGAGGAUCGGAGCAGAGAAGGAGGUCGAAGUGAUCGGAGGAGCUGACAAAUACCAGGCCGUGUGUAGAAAGUGUUACGGAGGUCUGAUCGUAGAGAGCAAGGAGAACCGCUCUCCCUUCAAGCACGAGACUCCACAAAACAUGGCAGGAAAACUUGUUCCCCCCAGUUUGCCCCGGAAACUGUACUCCCCUCUCCACCUAUGAAGAUGAAAAUGAGACUUUCUACGGUUGUUUGAGAAACAAUUAUCUAGCGUUUGUGUGUGAGGGAGCAAUACGUAGUGAUUUUACACGAGUAGCAGCUUGGUGAAUGGAUGGGUGUGUCUGGUGAAUCAUUCAGUUUAAUUGGCUCAAUCUUUUUUUUUUUUUUAUAUGUAAUUUUACUUGAAAGAUACUUGAGAGCACUUAUUGUGUGUGUGUGUGUGUGGUUGUGCGUGGUGUUGCAGGAGAAAAAGGUCAAUCAUUUUUAUGUCUGUUUUUACCUCUGCACCAACUAAUGUGUAAUCCAAUGCCUCUACAUUAACUAAAGGUCCAAAAAUAACUAACUUAUGACUGCGGUUACCCGGCGGUGUUAAAUGGGAACGUUCUCUAUAACAUACAUGAACCACGUUUCCCAAAAUAAUGGGCCGUCCCAUGAAUCAUUUUAUUUAUACACAAAGUGAAAUGCAGUUGUGGCAAUAAAACAAACCUUUAACUGCUGCUCAGUGUUAACCUACUUUAACACGAUAGAAAAAACUGUCAAGCAAAGUUUUUAUAGACUUUAUGCAGAUCAUUGUAGUCUAGUCUGAACAUUUUUUAUCUUGUUGAAAUGUACAACUGAACAGAUUGUUUUUUUUGCAUUAAAUGUACAGGGGAGCAAAGUUUUACCCCUAUUGAAAGCCAGUAUGAUGGUCUGCGGAUGAACUUUUCUAUUAAAGGUGGAUUUCUCUUUUUCAAAGUGAACAA